CAGACUAACGCUGGUGCUUUCGUGCGCAAUGGAAUUCGAAUCGUUCCCACACGACACCCAGUAUUGCUCAAUUCUAAUUGAGAGUCUGUCACACACGACAGCAGACAUGGUUUUCCAGUGGAACGACACGGAUCCACUGGUGAUCAAUCCGUCCAUUGAGUUGCCACAGCUGGACAUUGCAAAGAAUACUACCGAGGACUGCACAAUAACGUAUUCAACAGGGAAUUUCACGUGCAUCUCGGUCAACUUCAGCCUGAAACGUCGCCUAGGCUACCAUUUGUUCCACACCUACAUCCCAUCCGCCAUGAUCGUCGUCAUGUCCUGGAUUUCCUUCUGGAUCAAACCGGAAGCCAUUCCGGCGAGAGUCACGCUGGGAGUGACAUCUCUUCUAACCUUGGGUCAGUGA